AGAAUUAGUAAUCAACAACGAGAGUUGCUCGCGACGACAGGUCCCGACGGGCACGACGGGCUCGCGGUGAUAUUUGUCAUCAUCGUCGUCUGUGUUGUCAAAAAAAAAAAGUCGAGUCAGUGAAAACAAGUGAUUUGAAAAUAAAUAAAAAUGGGUGACGGAAAGGAGGGCGAACGUGAGCCCUUAAUCAGGACAGGAGGGAAUGUUUUUGUUCAACCUUACACUAGCGAAAUUACAGAAGAUAUUCAACCAAAUGUAAACGUUCAACCGAACGUAAAUACAGUUUCCCCAAUUGGACCCGAUGAAUUGCCACCACCAUUUCAAUCUGCUAGUCAGGGUGGUUUGCCUAUGGUUACCUGCAGGGUUUGUCAAGCCAUGAUAGACAUUUCCGGCAAACGAGAGCAGCAUGUCGUUAAAUGCAAUCAAUGCAAUGAAGCUACUCCAAUAAGAAACGCACCACCUGGAAAAAAAUACGUACGUUGUCCAUGCAAUUGUCUUCUAAUAUGCAAAAGCUCUUCACAGCGAAUUGCAUGUCCAAGGCCAAAUUGCAAACGUAUAAUUAAUCUUGCACCAAGCCCUGUUACACCUCCUGUUCUUUCGAUGCCAGGAAUGUGCAGAGUUUGCUGUGCUCAUUGUCAUGAUACAUUUUUGUUUAAUACACUAAACAAUGCUUUGGCUCGAUGUCCACAUUGUCGAAAAGUAUCUUCAGUUGGUCCUGAUUUUGCUCGAGGUCGUGGAAUUUUAUUCAUUAUCCUUGGAAUUGUUUGUUUAACAAUUGGAGUUGUUGUCACGGUUUCUACUUAUAGGCUGGUAAGGGAAAAUGGUGGAAUAUACGUUGCUUAUGUUGGUGCAUUCCUAUUGGCUCUUCUAUUCCUGGGUCGAAGUCUUUAUUAUUGUACCAUGAAAAUCAGUCUGAUAGAAGGUCCCAUUUAGUCUUCUUGACUCAUCUUGCAUUCUUUUAUCAAAAACUAUUUUUCAAGGUCAAUGUCAUGUAUAAUCAGUUUAGAUAAGAGAUUUCCAUCAACAAUAAUAAUAACAACAACAAAAAAGCUCCUUCUUGUUUCGCUUGAAGACAAAACAAAGCGUGAAAAUCUGAUGUUUAAGCAGAGGAUAAACAGGAAAGAAAUUAGAGCAACUCAUUGAAAAUGUAUUCAGUCAGAUUUAUCCUCGGAUAUAUUAUAAAAUAGUGCAGAGCACUGACAAUGGGGAAUGAACAAUUUUUAUCAAACGCUGAUGAUUAUCGUUCGAAGUUCACUUUGUUCUGUUCACAUAUUGCGAACGAAGAAUGAACACACGUUUCAUUUAGUGUAAGAAUAGAACAAUGAACAUAUUAUUAUUUACACCAAAAGAAAAAGAAAGAAAGAAAGAAAUAAAAUUACUAGAACAUACCUACAAGUUUGUUGGUAAAAUACUAGUGGUUGUAAUUAAAAAAUAAUAAAAAUUAUAUACGGCGCAUAAUAAUAAAGCGCGUAAUAGUUGACGAUUGAGUCUCGCAGAAUUACAAUAAAUUUCUUUUUUUUGUAUUCUAAUCUUUCAAGUGCGUUUUGACUCAAAGAAAUUUAAUUUUCUUUAUUUGAAGAAAAUUAUAUUUAAUAUAAUGAAAUUUUUUUUAAAUCCCAUUUUUUGCACUUUUUGCAUUCCCAUUGAAACUUAGUUUUAAAUCAAUUAUAACUAUUGAUGAAUUUUUUGUAAUAAUGAGUGAUUGAAUUUUUCAAGAAAAAGAAAGAUUUCUUUUUAAUUAAUACAUAAUAGAUUUGAAGAUUAUGUAGAGAGAAGGGAUAAAUUUGUAAUUUUAAAUUUGUAAAUUCGAUUAGUUUCAAUUUUAAGAAAAUACUCUUCAUGUAUGAAUUGUGUGACCAAGGUUAUUAAUGAAAGCGAGCAUCCACAUUGAUUAAUAAUUUUUAUUAAUUAGUAUAUAUCGCAUUAUAAAUACGGUAGACACUAGUUCGGAACGCAAGUCUGGUUUUUUAAUCUAUAUUUGCCUAUAUUAUUAUUAUUAUUAUUAUUAUUAUUAUUAUUAUUAUUAUCUGUAAUUAAAAUAAAAUAUACUUACUGUAAAAGUU